UACUGUUUGCGCCGCGAAUUUUGAAAAACAGCGCCACAAGGAACCUAAUAGCCAAUCUCGGAACUUCAUUGGGUAUUAUUAAAUUGCAAGAUGGCGGCCACAAGAAGACUGCAGAAGGAGCUUGAAGAUAUUCGGAAAUCGGGCAUGAGGAAUUUUCGAGACAUCCAAGUGGACGAGUCCAACAUCCUUUCGUGGCAAGGCCUCAUCGUGCCAGACAAUCCUCCGUUCAACAAAGGCGCGUUUCGCAUCGAGAUCACCUUCCCCGCAGAAUACCCCUUCAAGCCGCCCAAGAUAUGUUUCAGGACGAAGAUUUACCACCCCAACAUCGACGAGAAGGGUCAGGUUUGCUUACCAAUUAUCACGGCUGAGAACUGGAAGCCAGCCACCAAAACAGACCAGGUGAUCCAAGCACUUGUGGCCUUAGUGAACGAUCCGGAACCUGAACACCCACUUAGAGCAGAUUUGGCCGAAGAGUACAUUAAGGAUCGCAGGAAGUUUGUGAAAAACGCCGAAGAAUUUACCAAGAAACACAGUGAAAAAAGGCCCGCAGACUAAAUCACUCGAGAGGCAUGUCUGUGAUAUGUGUUGUUGACUGCCCCCUAUUUCUGCUCCCCUCUCUUCAUAACAGUACUGAAUCAAUUAUCUAGUGAAAAAUCUCCCCCACACUAAUAAUGCGCAUUGUUAUUUUUCAUUAUUGUUCCCUUGAAUCAGUGUCUUCUCAGCAGGCAAACUAAACGCAACUUUUAAACAUUUUUAAAUUAGUUGAGACAAAAUUAUCACUGCGAAAAGCCUUGCGAUUUGAAUUUUGUAUGCAUUUUUUUGUAUUAUUUAUUGCUGAUGCAUUUUUGCGAGGAAACUGAUCAAUUGCAAACAAUUCACAACACAUGUUAUGCUAUUUAAAUAAACUUAUUGGUUCUCGGAAUGUGAGACUCAUAAAAGAGGA